AUGCUGCGCUACGUUCUAUAUGCUGCGUUGCUUGCUACACGGUUGCAUGGUGCAAUCUAUGCAAUUAUUCCCGAUUGUGACGAGACAUACAACUAUUGGGAGCCAUUGAACUUUCUUGUUAGACACUUUGGUAAGCAGACUUGGGAAUAUUCUCCUGAAUAUGCCAUUAGAAGCUAUGCGUAUUUGGUUCCUUACUCCUUGGUUAGCAACCCAAUCAGCUGGAUCAAACAAUUAUCCCAAUACUUUGAUUUUCACAUUUCAGAUUUCCCCCCAUACACCGUUUUCUAUGCUGUUCGUUUGGUUUUGGCCAUUCUGUUUACUCUCUCCGAGAUCAAGCUGUCUAAAACCUUGAAAUUCCUAAAUAAAAGAAUUGGAAACUGGUUUCUUUUAGCUCAGAUUUUAUCACCUGGUAUGUAUCAAGCUUCGAUCUCAAUAUUACCUAGUUCUUUUGCCCUAUUAUUUGGUAUUCUAUCAACAAACUAUAUUGUUUGCUAUUUCAACAUCCAAAAGUUUAUUUGCUCAAUUGACGAGGAAUUGAUUAACCUCGAAAAUAAAGUCACCGUCAGUAAAGAUUCAGACUCGGAAGUAGAAGACUUGGCUCCUCGUACAAAUAUGCUGCUCAACUUGUACAAAGUAUCCACUCCUUUGAUUUACAAAUCAUUCACUUUGACAGUCUUGUUUACUGCAAUUGGCGGAUUUGCAGGUUGGCCUUUUUCAAUGGUCUUGAUCGUCCCAUUCGUCAUUUAUGCAUUGAUUAAUGCAAUCACUUAUUCGCCAAAAUCAGUUUUGAAGAAUAAUUACAGUGCUUCAAAGGCCUUGUCAACAUACUUCUUUGCAGGCGUCAGUUGUUUGUUCUUCAUUCCUUAUUUUAUCUCCCAAUUUGAUUCUUUAUUCUAUAGGAAGGCCACCUAUGUUGCUUGGAAUAUUUUAUCUUACAAUGUUUUCCAAAGAGAUGAACUAACAGGUCCUGAAAUUUUCGGUACUGAAUCUGUAGGCUACUACUUGAAAAACCUGUUGUUGAAUUAUCAUGUUUUGUUUGUUAUUGCAACUGCUAACUUCUUAACUCUAUUCAAUAGAUAUCAAUUAAUUAUCUAUAAACUGCCAUUGCUUAUUUGGUUUGCCAUUUUCUUCUCUCAACCUCAUAAGGAGGAAAGGUUCAUUUACCCAGUUUACCAUUUAAUUUCAAUCUCAUUUGCUCAAUUCAUGUCAUGUGAUACGUUCAAAAUUAACUGUUUCAUGAAAUUCAUUAAGAAGAUUUUGAACUUGGUGGUUAUUUCAUCAACCAUUUUCCUCUUUUUGACUAGAGUUACUCAUUUGAAUACAAACUAUUCUGCCCCAAUUUCGACUUUCAAAUACUUGUCAAAAGUAUCCAAUACAAAUUCCCCAUUAUUGGAAAAUGUCUGUAUUGGUAGAGAGUGGUAUCAGUUUCCCUCUUCGUUCUUUUUAAAUGACAACCAACGUUUGAAAUUCACUCAAUCUAAUUUUGACGGUAUGUUACCUGGUGAUUUCAGUGAGCCAAAAUCAAAUACAUUUGAAGCUAUCUUCAAUGCAACCUCAGAGCUCAAACCAGGGUUUAAUAAUAUGAAUAAAUACAACCCAGUUUUUGUCGUCAGAGACUUGGACAAAUGUACCUAUUAUGUUGAUACCAACAAGGAAAUUUCUUCCUCAGAUGCAACUUCCUUAGAAUACUGGGAUAUUAUGUAUUGCGAAAAAUUCAUUGAUGUUGAUAACUCCAAAGGUCUGGAAAGAAUCUUGAACGUUUCUUCAUUUUUAGAUAGAUUUAUUAUCCAACCAUGGUUAUAUUUGCAAUCAGACUUAUCGACUAUUGAACUGAAUAGGAAACUCAUGCAAAUGGCAGGCAUUAUAGCUGAUGGAAGAACUAUGUACGAUAAUAUCUACGCCAAGUUAGGUAAGCUGAGAGAUUUGCUCAACGUCAAUUUUGGAGAAUAUAUUGGAUCCCUGGAAACCAACGAAUUUUGCGUUGCAAGAAAGAUUUGA